UAACAUGGUUUCCUCUGCGAUCUCUCUCGGUUCCACCGCCCUUUCCGUCCAUCUCCGCCGCUCGCCGGCGCCGUUGUUGCCGCCGAUCCUGUGCACCACCUUCACAUCUCAUCGAUCGAUCUUCUUCGGACGCCGCUUCGCUCCGAUAAGCAUCACCUGUGGACGGAUUGAUCCUCGCCGGCCAUUCGCCAUGGCCUUUACUCCCAUCAAGGUAUCUGAAGGGAAGAAGGAGGUUCUGGUCUUCGAGAACGAGGAGGAGCUCUCGGUUUCUCUGGCGAAGUUCACUGCUGAGCUCUCUGAGAAGUUCACUAACGAUAGGGGCGCAUUCACUGUUGUUCUCUCCGGUGGCUCCCUUAUCAAGUCUCUCAGGAAGCUGGUGGAAUCUCCGUAUGUGGACUCUGUGAACUGGGGGAAGUGGCAUGUGUUCUGGGCUGAUGAGAGAGUGGUGCCCAAGGAUCAUCCAGAUAGCAAUUACAAGCUCGCGUAUGAUGGGUUUCUUUCCAAGGUUCCAAUUCCACCAGGUCAGGUUUAUGCCAUUAAUGAUUCCUUAUCAGCUGAGGGAGCUGCAGAUGAUUAUGAAACCUGUUUAAAACAUUUGGUUAACACUGGGGUGCUGAAAUUAUCAACCGCUACAGAAUUCCCAGAGUUCGAUCUCAUGCUACUAGGAAUGGGACCAGACGGUCAUAUAGCUUCUCUUUUUCCAGGCCACCCUCUACUUAAUGAAAAGCAACGGUGGGUAACACACAUAACUGACUCCCCCAAGCCACCACCUGAGAGAAUCACGCUCACAUUUCCGGUGAUCAAUGCAUCUUCUAAUAUCGCCCUUGUAGUAGCUGGAGCUGGCAAAGCCAGUGUCGUGCAGAAGGCACUCGGACCUGAUCAAAACUCAUAUGAUGUACUGCCCGUCGAGAUGGUUUCACUCAAAGAAGGGGAACUUAAAUGGUUUACUGAUAAGGACGCGGCUUCAAAGUUACCCAAUUUUGCGAACCUGUGACUAAUACGGUAUGAAUAGGUUAUCGAUCAUCGGUUUAUGAACUGCCGGAGUUUUCGACCUUGUAUGAGUAGCUUUGUUUGCUUCACUGUGUCUUUUGGUUUGACAAAUAAUGCUGUAUCUCCUGUGAUUACCAAUCAUGCCACCUUUUAAAAGUUUAUGCUCAACAAAGUGAUUGCACUCCACUUAUGCAGUUUGUGGUGGGCAUUGUGAAACAAUACACUGGCAUGAAAAAUAUCGUCAGAUGCAUCAAAGUUAUUGUGUUGUUGAUUACCUCCA